CUAAAGUUGGGACUGCUGAAGUGUCAAACCCUUAAUAAACUCAUGCUUUUUUUUUUUUUAGGAUAUCCCCCAACAGAUUGGUGGUGUAGACUGUGGAGUCUUCAUGUUGAUGUAUGCUCUACAUCUUGUCUUGGGAGCACCCUUUGAUUUUACAUCUUGCGACUUUCCAAACAUACGGAGAUGGUUGGCUCUUAUUCUUCUGGAGAACUUUGGGGUUGUCUCUGAAAGUGCAGAAACCCUACAAGAGUCCCUUCCAUGUGAAGAACAAGCUACGCUUAGCAGCAGUGAGGCGGAGCUCCCAAUAAUCCGGCACAUGAAAGAAGCUGUGAAAUGGCUCCAUUCCAACAGCCAUCUGCUCAGGGGUCCAGUGGAAGAGCCUCUUUUCAUUCGAAUGAAUGAAGACCACAAGGAAAAGGCCCGCAACAAUCUCCUGGAACAGUCAGAAGCUUCCAGAGAGCCCUUUCUAUUUCAUUUUGUGUUCAGGGAUGACAUGGAGUUAUUUUUGCAAGAAUGUAAUGACAAAAUGGGCCUGAGAGUGAAUUCCUCAUUUGAUACAUUUUAAGUUUAAUUUAUACAGGAUUGUCAUGAUUAAAUGGGCCUAGGGGUGAAUUGGUCAUUUGUUGUAUAUAUUUUUAUUGUUUCUUUUAAAAUUAUGCUGAAUUUUCUCUCUUUUUUAGUUUUUUGACAUGUUUUAUUUUACAUAAAGAAAAAUGCAUGCUGCACAUGUUCUUGUGAAAUAAAGUAUAUUUUAUAUAAAAUGCCCAUAAGUUUCAAGCAUUAUUUUUCACCAUCAUGAUCAGGAAGUAACUCUCAUAAUACAAGGAAACGGAUAACUAUAUACAAUUAUAUUACACAAGAUCAAUGUUUUAAAAUGCUUAUUGUACUGUACCUUAAUGUAUCAUUAUAACAUACGUAUAAAGUAUGAUGUUUCGUUUGUAAUAAAAGCAAACUACGCUCCAAAACGUUA